AUGGUUGCUUUCAUUGGUCUUGCCGGGACAUCCGCUGGCGAGCUGUACUCGUCGGAGGCGCUGUCAGGGUCGAUGACUCCUCGCAGUGAUGAUGAGGAUCGGCUGCAUCCGUCCCUGGAUGCAAAACCUGAACAUCGGCGGAGCCUGCAAGUGUUCUUCAGCUCCAUCACGGAAAAGAUGCAGAGCAGCAGUGCCUCCAGCGCAUCAACGGCCAGCGACGAGUCCAAGGAGCAUGAUGCUUACGACGGCAGCGACGGGACCGACACAAGUUCAGGCUGUGAUGGAAACUGCCGACCGUGUCUGUUCUUCUACAAGAAGAGGGGGUGCAACCGUCAGCCAUGCAACUUCUGCCACGCAGAAGUUCAUCGCUGGCGGACACGAGAGUACCAACGAACCCGCAGUCUGAAGCAUUUCGCAGAGAAGAAGGCAAACACAAGUAACGGAGGGCAAGCUUAA